GUGUGUAUUUGUAUUGAAUGUGAUUGUGAAAAUGAUUCGUGUGCAGCGUUUGCUGUUGAAUUAUUUAGUGAAAUUAUAGUGAAUUAACACGCUGCGGUUGUUAAAAUGAAAUUUGCCGAACACUUGAGCGCGCAUAUAACACCGGAAUGGCGAAAACAGUACAUAAACUACGAGGAAAUGAAGGCAAUGCUGUACGCGGCCGUGGAGCAGGCGCCGUCCGCUGAGCUCGUCGAUCCAGAGGUGCUCUCACGUUACUUUGCCAAAUUUGACGAACAAUUCUUCCAUUACUGCGACAAAGAGUUGGCAAAAAUCAACACAUUCUACUCUGAAAAGAUGGCUGAGGCUACACGAAAAUAUGGCAACCUCCGCAGUGAACUUAGCGAAACGCUUGAGAUGGGCGCGGUCAAGAAGCAACCCGCUUGGAAGUCGAAAACACCCUUGGGCAAGAAGAAUGUACCAGCGCGUAAAAUACAGGAUCUCAAAUUAGCAUUUAGUGAAUUUUAUUUGGGUCUCAUUCUACUACAAAACUACCAGAAUUUGAACUUCACCGGCUUCCGCAAGAUACUCAAGAAACACGAUAAGCUCUUGAGUGUUUGCGAUGGUGUUAAGUGGCGUGAGGAGUAUGUGGAGGCGGCACAUUUCUAUGUUAACAAAGAUAUUGAUCGUUUGAUACAGGAAACCGAGCGCGCUUUUACCAACGACAUUGAGGGCGGCGAUCGGCAGAAGGCCAUGAAGCGCUUGCGCGUACCGCCUUUGGGUGAACAACAAAGCCCGUGGACCACUUUCAAAGUUGGGCUUUUCUCGGGUGCUUUUGUCGUACUCUUCCUUACGGUCAUUUUGUCGGCAAUAUUUCAUGGUUUUGGUGAUGAUUGGCGCGUGGGUCUGCGUAUGUUUCGUGGGCCCUUCCUCAUUAUUGAGUUUCUCUUCUUGUGGGGCGUCAAUGUGUAUGGCUGGCGUUCGUCUGGCGUUAAUCAUGUGCUCAUCUUUGAACUGGAUCCACGUAAUCACUUGUCCGAGCAGAAUAUCAUGGAAGUGGCGUCCGUAUUUGGCGUAAUUUGGGCUAUUUGUGUGCUCUGUUAUAUUUAUUGUGACCCUUUGGGCAUACCACAAUAUUCGGCGCCUAUUUUUCUUUACACCUUGUUGCUUGCAUUUUUGCUCAAUCCAACGAAGACAUUUCAUCACGAGGCACGGUACUGGGCCGUGCGUGUGCUUAGUCGUGUUGUGAUGGCACCAUUCUUUUUUGUGACUUUUGCCGACUUUUGGCUUGCCGACCAGUUGAACAGUAUUGUGCCUGCCUUCCUCGAUAUACCCUUCAUUAUAUGUUUUUUCGGUGAGAAUCCCAGUUGGCACAAAACCAGUGAUGGUGGCAGCACUUGUGUGCGGGACAUCUCUAUGGUGCGUCCAAUUGUUGCUAUCUUGCCGGCUUAUUGGCGCUUCGGUCAGUGUAUUCGUCGCUAUCGUGACACACGUGAAGCUUUUCCGCAUCUGGUUAAUGCUGCUAAGUACGCAACAUCCUUUUUUGUGGUGAUAUUCUCAUACAAAUUUCAGAUAACCUCAGACGGCUACUUCACAUCGAAGGAUAAUCCUUGGUUUUAUUGCUGGAUAGUGGCGGCCAUUGUGUCCUCAUGUUAUGCUUACACGUGGGACAUUAAAAUGGAUUGGGGCCUCUUUGAUGCCAAGGCUGGUGAUAAUCGCUUUUUGCGUGAAGAAAUUGUCUACUCGUCGACGUGGUUCUACUACUUUGGCAUUGUGGAAGAUUUAGUGCUGCGUUUCGGUUGGACCGUAUCGAUGAGCUUAAUUGAAGCGGGUUAUAUGGAGGGUGACGUAAUGAUGACCAUACUCAGCCCAUUGGAGGUGUUUCGUCGUUUUAUUUGGAACUAUUUUCGCUUGGAAAACGAACACCUGAAUAAUUGCGGUAAAUUUCGUGCAGUACGUGAUAUUUCGGUGGCGCCCAUGGAUUGCUCGGAUCAGACGACAAUUUUACGCAUGAUGGACGAGGAGGACGGCGUUGUCAACCGACGUGGCAAGACUAAAGGCCUAUCGAAGAAGAAGGAGCAGCAACGCUUGUUGCUUUUACAAGGCGAAUCUGUCGAAGAUUUAUGCUCUUAAAUGGACAAAGGCUUUGCAUUUUGUUUUAAAUUUAAUUAUAUAUACAUAUGUAGUUGCCAUAUCAUUGCAGCAGCAUAAACGUUUUGUUAAAGUAUAUAUAUAUAGCUAUAUAUAUAUAAUAAGUGUAGAAAAUAACAAGGAGCUCAGCAAUUGGGUAGCGAAGUUGUAAUAUUAGAGAUGCCAUUAAUUUCAAUUAAUGUGGCAACCAAAUAUUUAUAUACAUACAUAUAAUAUGUCUAUGUAAUGUGAAGCGAAAAUGGAAGCAAGAAAGUGAAUUUCAUGCUUCAGCCACGAGUAACGUAUAAAGCCAUAUUUAUAUACAUAUAUUAAAAUAUCCUUACAUAUUUAUAUGUAUGUACAAAUAUUUAUUUAAGUUUAUGUACUUAUAUAAAUUUCUUAUAUGCCAAAAUUACAGUAUAGUCAAAUUUUAAAUACUGUUCACUUAACAGUGCAACAAACAAAAAAAAUAAGUCGCACAGGAAAUACAUAUCCUCAUAAGUGCUCCAUCUGCUAUUUUUAAAUAAUUUUAAUAAAGGAAGUCAUAGCAAUUAAUACAACAAAAGUUAUAAUACUCAUGCCCAACUUUUAAGAACAUUUACAGUGUAUAUAUAUAUAUGUGUGUAUUGAUACAUUCAUAAGUCUGUGACUGUCUAAAUUUGUGUCCUCAUGGGCCUUUAUAUCGAAAGGUGCGCACAAAUUUAACUUUUAUAUAUUGUAUUUUUAUAUUUUUCUAUAAUUUGCAUUUCUUUGUACUCGCAAAACGAUUUCUAUUUUCUUUGUUUGUUUUUCUUCCUUUUUUAUAUUGUUUGUGUAAACCAAUUUAAUGUAAUAGAAUUUUACAUGUUAAAUAAAUGCUUAACCAAAUGUUGUUCACAGAG